AAUUAGGUGAUUCCCCAAACGUGAGGUAAACGAUGAGGGAAAAUGCCAUGUGUUUUGACUGAGGAAACUAACCGAAAAAUGUUGUUGACAGCUCUUGACGUUCCAACGGAAGGGGUGAGACAUGUACAAGACGAAACAGUCGCUUAUGUGGAGGAUGACAGUCAAGGGAACGGGUCUUUGUACAUAACAGACAAUGUGGUAACUUGGAGAAACAGCAGUGGACAAGGGUUCUCCCUGCAGUAUCCCUCCAUCAGCCUCCAUGCCGUCUCAAGAGACCUUAAUGCAUUCCCACAUGAGUGUCUUUUUCUAAUGGUGGAUGGGAAACUCUCAGAUGAUGCAGACCCCCGACAGAAAUCCUCAGAUGAUGAAGAUGAAGUAGUGGGGCCUUUUGAGGGGGAUACUGCCACUACAGAAGUCAGAUUUGUCCCCGCUGACAAGGGAGCUUUGGAUGCCAUGUUUAAUUCGAUGUCCGACUGUCAGGCCCUUCACCCAGACGAACAGGACACAGACUCGGAGGCUGAUGAUUUUGAGGCCAAUUAUUACGAGGGCAUGGAAGGCGAGGACAACUUAACUCCUGAGGGACAGAGGACACUGGAGCACCUCGAAAACUUGCUCCUCAACGGACAGGGACAGGGAGACGGACAAAACCGCCCUAACGCAGGUAAUGAAGAAAACACAAAUCAGAUGGAUGAGGACCAGUUUGCAGAUGCUGAUGAAAUGCAGUGAGGAAAACAAGAGCUGAGAACCAGUUAAUAUGAAUAUGAUGAGAUUCCUUUGAUGGAGAUAGUGACAGCUAAGAACAAGUUGUGAAUUCUGAGGAGAGACUUGCAGUUCUAAGAAGACACUUAAAUUCUAAGGAGAGACUUACAGUACACUGAAUGUUCUUGUGAGCAGAAUGAGAUGUCCCUGCUUGUUUCCAGAAAUGUAAUACACAGCCCUGUGAUCAAACUGUCGUCAAAACAUUUACUGUAUUUUCCCGGAUAUAGAGGAUCAGGGAAAAGAUGUUUCUAUUCCACUGUCAUAUUUCAUUAUUAUGUAGAUACAAUACCUGUAAAUACAAUCAUUAGUGCAUAAUAAAAACUUUUAUAGAUUUA